UAAUCCGUUUUUCUAGAAUUUUAUAUCCGCAAAUCAUUUCCUGAACUAGUAAGAAAGCUGGAAAUGCCGAAAUGCAUGUUACUGUAAUUUCUAUGGCCGAGUGUGAUGCAGUUAGUGACAAUCGAACGAUGAUUUGACUCCGUGGAUAUUGCAGUAUUGAGAUUAUUAAGUUGUUAUUACAGUUCUACUGCUGUACUGUACAAUAUCAUCUGGAUAUAGAUUUGGACGUAGACUAUGAAUAAGUACCUUCAGAUAAAAAAUCUUGGCGAUGGGACAUAUGGCUCAGUCACUUUAGCAAAAUUCCUCAAAACUGGAGAAAUGGUUGCUGUGAAAAAGCUUUAAUUUUGAAGCUGGAGGUGUUUACAGAAGUGAACAACUAAACUUCAUAUUAUAAUAAUAGUUUUAUCAACACCUUCACCAGUCUAGAGUUUUAUAUAAUAUUAAUGUUUCCAUUACAUUGUAUUCAUACAUCCAUUUUUAUUAUUUAUAUUGCAAGCUAAAAUGAAAUAUGACCUCUAAAUCAUUAUAAUACUCCAGCCCAUACUAAUCAAUUAUUUCCACAAAUGGUUGUGUAACACAAUACUCUAGUUUCUAGAUUAUCCAUCUCAUACACAGGAGAUUAUAUUUUAUAAUCUCGUUAAUCCCUUUUCACAUGAUUUGACAGCUUGUGAUAUAUUGCAUUUAGGUACAUUUCAUUUUAGUAUUGAGCUGGCGUCAGCUUCAAAGGUUACUGGUUAGAUUAUUUGGCACUCCAGAAGUGUGUGUACCAAUAUGGAGGUAACUAAUUUUGUUCGCCUACUUUACUUCAAUUUGUGGGAAGGCCGGAAGGGACUGAAACAGGAAGGGACUGGGAAUGGGGUAUAUUCACUUGGCUAACACAGACAGUCCCCGAACUCGUAAUAGGACUAAAAUAAGGAAAAUCAGAAUAAAAUUAUGGCCUAACCCUAAUCUGGUACACACACUACGGGAGUACUGAUUAUUUUGUCUAUGAUUGCUGUAGGCCACUUGAUUUUUUAGAUUCUUAUGCAAGUGUGACAGACUGGGCUACAGAGGAAAGUAGCUCUAUUUCGUUACCAUUUGAAUAAGUUUAUCCAACAGGAAUAUGUUCUCAAAUAGUAAAAUAAGCCUAUAAAAAUAGCUAUAGAAUGCUAGAAAAGAUGUUAAUAGUGCAAUUAUGAUUUUCUAUUAUUUACAAAGUUCAAGUUCAUUGGUUUGGAAUUUUUAGUGACUUUUCAGAACCCCUGUAACAAAAGUAUCAGAUAUGGUCUGAAUUUGCCAGCAUUCAUUUUUGGUUAGUCUGGUGAUGGAAUGCAUCUAUUACCCAUUAGCAUUCCCUGCAUCAUAACAUGCUUUUUACUUUUACUAAUUUAUUUUUUAUUAUCAGCAUGACUGAAUAUGUUUUUCCUAUAUUUUCAAAAUCUUUAAAAAUGUUCAGAAGAAUUUUCAAUUUCAAAUAUUUAUUUUUCGAACCAGAUUCGAACAUUGCUCAUUAGCAUAAAUUUUCUAUAGCGUAUAAAUUUUUUGAUUGAUGAGCUCGGCAGUUCGGCCCUCUUUCGCUCCUCUUGCUACUCAUCAUCAUACUAAUGGAAAUUUAGUUUCUCCCAAAAGUUCGAAUCUUACUAACAACGAUAUGAAUGACGACGGUGGGCCUAAAGGCCUUCAUCGAUUUGAAAUGAUUCGUCAACUCGGAGAUGGAACUUACGGUUCUGUGCAUAUGGCUCGUACUAAGACUUCAGGAGAGCUUGUUGCUAUUAAAAAAAUGAAAAAGAAGUUCUACAGCUGGCAAGAGUGUGUUGAUCUACGGGAAAUAAAAGCUUUGAAAAAACUCAGCCAUGUUAAUGUUAUAAAACUCAAGGAAGUUGUACGAGAAAACGACAAUCUAUAUUUCGUAUUUGAAUACAUGAGAGAAAACUUAUACCAACUAAUGAAGGACAGGGACAAACACUUCCCAGAAACAACAGUGCGGAACAUUGUGUUCCAAGUUCUACAAGGUCUUGCUUUUAUGCACAAACAUGGAUAUUUUCAUCGUGAUAUGAAACCAGAAAAUUUAUUAUGUAUGGGACAAGAUCUUGUUAAGAUUGCUGACUUUGGACUUGCAAGAGAAAUCAGAUCUCAACCUCCUUACACAGACUAUGUUUCAACUAGAUGGUACAGAGCACCUGAAGUUCUUCUUCGUUCCACAAAUUACAGUUCACCAAUUGACAUCUGGGCAUUAGGUUGUAUCAUGGCUGAAUUAUACAUGUUACGACCAUUGUUUCCCGGAUCUUCUGAACUUGACGAGAUAUUUAAAUUGUGCCAAGUUCUUGGACCUGCUUCUAAGGCUGAUUGGCCAGAAGGGUACCAGCUUGCAAGUCGAAUGAACUCGUGGCCACAAUGCACAGCUACGCCGCUCAAAACUUUAAUACCAAAUGCUAGUUCAGAAGCCCUUCAAUUAAUACAAGAAAUGCUCCAUUGGAACCCGAAGAAGCGUCCAACGGCUGUACAGGCACUACAUCACCCAUAUUUUGCUGUCGGACAACAUCUGGGAGCAAAAGUCACCCACAAUGAAGCCAUGGUGAAAUUGUACGAAGAAAAAAGGUUUGGCAACCUUCCUGCACCAGAUAUAUAUUCGAUAAAUAAUAUUGACUCAAAUAAAGCAGGAAAUUUACCUCCGAAACGAACCUUGUCACAAGACAACAAUGCGACAAAGAAAGUUCUUAUACAAGGUGAUAACGGGCUGAUUAAAAAUGCUCCUGCUAAUAGAAGAAACAAUUCUGGGAACAAAAGAGAAAGCACCUUUUAGGGUGGAUUUUCCACCUACAAUAGAGUAUCUCCCACUGGCGUAAAGCAAGGCAAAAAAUCUGAAAUUAGUACGGACACUAUCAGCGAACUUGCCUUGGACUUGGGGCUCGAUUUGGGGACAAAAAACCAACCCAUAGGUCACAAUCCUGUUUCGAACACCAAAGUAAAACAAAAUCGGGAUAUUGCUGCUUCUAAGCGUGCGGAUUUCAGAAUGAGUCCAGAAAAGAACGAAAAUACAUUUUUCGAUGACAUAUUGUCAUCUGAUGCAUUUUAUUCAAACGCCGCCACAAAGUCGAACGCUCUUUCCAAGAAGGGUGGCACCAAGUUCAAUUUUACAACAGCGAGAAGAAGUCCGGGUGUAAGUCCAGAAUCAAGUGCCAAAGGUCAUCGUCAUAAUUUUCACAGUCUAAGAAAAGAACCUACGAAUCCUUCACCUUCGUCUGUCUUCAAAACCGCUGGUGAAGGCGUGAUUGACGAUGAUUUCCUAUUGGACGAUCUUGAUUACAGUCCUUCCAAAUCAAGCGCAAAGGGAAGCGGACGAAUCCGUGGACUUGCUUUUCCUCGAAAAGGACAAGAGGUCUUUGGCCGUUCGGACAACAAUAAUAAUAAUUCAACACUACCAAGUCUUAGUAAAGCCCCGCCAAGAGCGAGGGGUGUAGGGAAUUACGGUCUCCCCCCGAAAGUUCAAGGUUAUGAAGGAGGUCGCAGGCCUCUUGGACAACUUAACCCUUCAGAAUCAAAGUUUGGUGGGUCAAAUGAUUUGUAUUCUCCGCCAAGUCUUUAUUCGGAGAAAAAAGAUUUUUCAAGGAAUGCGAGACCGUUGCCCGGAAUCCAUAACAAGAUAAUGGAAAGCACAACAAAGCCACUUGGCACACUAGAUCAAAAACCACCUAGGAGAAGAUGGCGACUGGCUGGUAGAGAUCCAUGGGACACUAUCGAAGAUCUCAGUGGGAAAAACAAGGGUAACGGAGCAGUGACUACUGGUAUCGGUGGUAUGACUGUCAAGAAAGAUUUGAAGCCAUUAUUCGGGAGUCCCGAAUCAAAACCUCCAUUUGGUUCAACCAAUACAAAUGCAACAAGAAAAUCUGCCAAGGAACAUUACCUUGCACAAGCCAGAUAUUAUCCAGGAAUGAAAAAUAAUCCAAAACAGUCUAAUUAUGGCCAAGGCAACAAUUGGCCACAAAACACGAAUUUCCAUGGUUCCACUUAUAAACCUUUAGGGAGUAAUUAUGGAAAGGAUUACAUUCCAUCCUUUGCAACUAAAAAAGAAGUUGGAUCAGCAGGACAAAGAAUUCAAUUACCCGCUGGUACUCAAGGAAACUUUAAUUCUUGGAAGUCAAGACAACAGCAACAAGCACCAUUAGCAGGAACUACAUACCAAGCAAGCGCCAAGAACAGCAGUGCAUUACGACCUCAACCAAUUCAUGAAAGAUAUGGAAGAACAGACUGGGCAGCUAAAUACGGCGGUCCACGAUAAUACCACAACAAGUUCACAAACAAGAAUGCGACCACACUCUUCAAUUCAUUUUAUGUUUCAUCUUUUUUCUUUUAAAAUUGUGCUUUUACCUUUUCUGUAAGUUGAUGUUACUUUCAAUGCCUUCACACUGAUAGGAUUAGAUAAACCACACGCAUUACCUGAAUAUUCUGGUAAAAAGUUCGUUGUUAACUGUGCAACUGUUUUUAAUUAGGUAAUAUAAUGUUCAAAUGAGUGUUAAUUUUCGUGUUACUGGUAAUAUUCUGUUAUUUAAACAUUUGAUGAAUAUUCUCAAGCAAUUACCUGUGACCACUUGGGGUAUGUAAGUUUAAGUAUGUAAGUAUGUAAUCAGAAACGUCCAAAAUGAUUUGAAUACAUUCGAAAUUGGUGAUAUCCGUUAUUGUGAAUGUAUUAUUUCAGGAAGAAUAUAAAAUAUUUCAUUUGAAAGUUUAUUUGUUAUCUGAUAGUCAGACAUAAAAUAGGUUUCAUUUUACUUCUGACACUGCAAAUAAACAAAACUGCAAAUUUAUUUUAACUAUUCUACAUCAUUUAUUCUCACCUAAUCUGAAAAGA